AUGCACAAGCUUCUGUGGCUGCGCGAUCUCUCUGUGCUCAACCCGUUCAAGACCAAGUACUUCGUGUGGCUCGACUCGGGCGGCAUCUGCACGCCCCGCAUCAACCCCGACUAUGGCAUGUCCAUUCCCGACUUCAAGACCAAAGUCAAGCACUACUUGGACCGAUUCUUCAUGGCGGUUACGCCCUACGCGAUGAGCCACGAGCUCCACGGCUGCUACCGCGAGGCCAUGCAGAAGCUCACCUUUGACCAACCGCCCUGCUUCAUCACCAAGGGUUGGACGAUGGGUGGGCAAAGGAAGUCCCUCGAGAAGGUGUCCGCCCUCUACGAGUACAUCUUGAACAAGACGCUCGACCUUGGCUGUUUGGGCACAGAGGAGACGCUCCUCACCAUGGCCUACUACCGCCGGCCCGAUCUCUUCCACGUCCACCACAACCUCGAGGACCGAUCCCUCCCCUUCGGCCCCGGCGGUGACGUGUGCCACGUCAUCUGGCCUGGCAUGCCUCCCCAGGGUCCUCCGGAGACACUCGCAGAGAAGUUUGAGUUGGUUUCGUAG